AGAGCCAGCCCAGGUUCUGGAACCCACCGCUCCAUUCCGAGCCCACCAUCACCAUGGCCAAGCAUCACGCCGGCGCCGUCAGCACCCCGCGCCCCCGCUCCUCCUCCGGCGCCAAGGCCGCCGCCAGCAUCCCCGCCGCCAACCGCAGCUCCGUCGGCUCCUCCUCGUCCGCGCCCCCCGCCCGCGACCUCGCCUCCCUCGCCAAGGAGGCCGGCAAGCUCCUCGCCUACGACUACGACGACGCCGCCUCCGCCGCGCAGCAGCAGCCGGACCCCGCGCUGCCCGAGGACCUCGCCGUCGCCGACCUCCCCGACCCCGACGACGACGCCGCCUCCUCCACCACCGUCGUCCCCGACCCUCCCUGCGACGCGGUCCCCGCCCCCGCCCGCUCCGCCCUCGCCCAGGUCGCACCGCCCGCCGACGCCACCGCCGCCGAGGGCCCCACCAUCCUCACGGAGAUGGAGCUGGUCCUGGCGGAGCUGCGGGGUGCCCGGGGCCUGAGCGCGCGCUCGAGGUGCCUCCUGACCGUGCUCGCCGAGGCCGCCGCCGACGAGCUCGACCCCCUCCGCACGCGCCGCGCGGCCUUCUGGAGGAAGCUGCGCGUCGGGGUCCUCGCCGCGACGGUCUUCUCCGUGGCCGCCAUCGACGUCGCCCUCGCCGCUGCGCUGAUGGGCGGCCCCGGCGGCAGCGGCCGCCACGCGCUGCCCCCCACCUGAUCGCUCUCCUUCGCCGGUGCCGCCGGCCGCCUCCUGUUUUUAUCCUCAUCCAUCAGUAGCUUGUUAAUUAGCAUCACCAGUAGGUUAUUACGUCGUGGUGAUUAAUUAAUUACUGCACUUAAAAGGUAGAUCCGAUCAGAAAGAAGAGGUAAUUUCUUUGUUGCAGCUUGUGGUCGCUACAU